GGGACCGAUGCGACGGGCCUUUUGCUCACUUCACGUGUCGUGAAAUCGUACGAAACACAUCGUGCUAAAAGUGAACACUACACAAAUCGUGGCUAGCAGUUAUACACAAUAGUUCGACAGGUUCUACGAUCACCUUCAACUUCGAUCGCAAAUUUGAAUGUUUCAAAUCUAAUUUCGCACCCAAACCCUCCCAACAACAACAAAACACCAUGCAACGCAUUCCAAAUCCCGCUAAAGUGGCCCUCCGCCAGCGUAUCAAGCAGCAGCUGCACGCACUAACGCCCGCCGAACGUCAGCGACAAUCGAGCAUCAUCAUCGACAAGGUUACGGCCCUUCCGUUCUACGGGCAGUGUCAAAGGAUUAGCGUCUAUCUCAGCACCGACACCGAAGUCAACACCCGACCCCUGCUGGAGCGCAUGUUUCAGCAACGCAAACAGGUUUUUGUGCCGACGUACAACAGGACCGCGAUGAAAAUGGUACGAAUCAAUGAUAUGGAGGAUUACGAGCGGCUACCGACGACCACGUGGAAUAUCAAGCAGCCCGCCUUCGACGAUGUAACGCGCGAAGAUGGUCUCACAACAGGAUUCGAUCUAAUCAUUCUGCCCGGUGUAGCGUUUACCCGUGCAGGUGGGCGUCUCGGUCACGGUGGUGGAUAUUAUGAUCGAUUUUUGCACGAGUACUUUGGCAAACAUCCCAACGGCCCGCAACACACCACCCACCUCGUGGGGGUCGGAUUUAGCGAGCAAAUUGUGGCCGCCGACGAGUUGCCGUCCGACGAGCACGACGUAUCGAUUGAUUGCAUUGUAACGGCGGAUUGAAUAAUGUAGCGAGCGACCGGUAUUGUGCCGUUUAAUUGCAGCCUGUUGAAUACUCAGAAUGGGUGGCAGUUACAAUCACAAAGGAGGGUAAAGGGUUUGGUUUUUAAACUGCCCAUACCAGACACUUUUGAGGUCAAAGGUCCUUUUUUUAAUUUUCAAAGAAAAUGCAAGUAAUACGAAAUUCAAAUUAUUAAUUGCAUUCCAAUUCCCAAGAUUCGACGGUUUGGCCUCGAACCAUCCAAUAUUAACCCAUUCGACCCCACGGCUAUUUCAAAAUCAAUUUAUAAAACAUUUCCAAUUAAUAAACUUUUUUCCCUCUCAACUGUUUCCUAAUAAACCA